CCAGAGGUUGGUGGUGAGAAAUAAACCGGAGAAGUGAGCGUCGUGGGAGGGCGGGCCACCUGUGACGGCAAAUGAGUGGGGAAGAGGCUCGAGUCAAUGCCACUGUUAGUACUGUGUGUCGCUCAGAGGGAGUUUGUGUGUAUGACAGUGUGUUUCGGCGUGUAAAGUCCACUUGGAUUGUCUUGAGCUCAAGGAAACCUGCAUAUCUUUAUCUUUGAGGAAACUGUACGUGAUUCAGGUUUCUUUCAAGAGGCUGCCUGCUUGUCUGCCACUGCCAGUGAGUGGGUGUGUGUGAGUCGUGGGGUGAAUAUGUUUGUGUGAGCGCCUUUUGCAUGUGUGUACACCCCGGCUGGAGAUUGUGUGUCCCAUGAGACGCUCGUCGGAGAUGCAGGGAGCUUGGUGCUCUGCGGUGCAGCUCCUGCUGCUGAGCUGCUGUGUGUGUGCGGCAGCCGGCUACCCAUUCAGAACACCCCUGGACCUGGAUGUGACUCCACGCAUCACCGUGUUGAGCGGCGGUCUCCAGGGCUGCAGACGUUUCCACUCCUCUGCAGUCAACUACAGUACCAUGAUCCUGGAGGCUGACAGUGAGCGUCUCUACGUCGGGGCCCGGGGGGCUGUAUUCGCUCUCAAUGCCUCUGACAUUUCAGCCAGCUCGCCUCUCACUAUUGAGUGGGAAGCCUCCCCCGAGCAAAAACGUCAGUGUCUGCUCAAGGGAAAAGACAAUAAGACGGAGUGUUUUAAUCACAUCCGCUUCCUCCAGAGGUUCAACUCAACUCAUUUCUACAUGUGUGGGACUCAUGCAUUCAGACCCCUCUGUGCAUACAUAGACGAGGAGAGGUUUGUUAUGUCUCCACCUGAAGAAGGCAGAGACAAAUGUCCCUACGGCCCGACAACAGGCUACACUGCCCUCAUCGUCGACCAGCAGAUGUAUACAGCUUCCCAGUACGAGUUUAGGAGCUUUCCAGACAUCCGCCGCAACUCUCCGUUCCCCACGCUGAAGACAGAAGAUGCCCCUACACGCUGGCUGAAUGAGGCAGAAUUCGUGGGCUCGGCGCUGGUGAGGGAGAGUUUGGGCAGCAACACCGGUGACGAUGAUAAGAUCUAUUACUUUUUCACUGAAAGUAGCCAGGAGCAGACGACAACUUACAGCCACAGCCGGGUGGCACGAGUGGCUCGCGUUUGUAAGGGUGACCGGGGAGGCCGUUUAACUCUCCAGAAGCGGUGGACGUCCUUCCUCAAGGCCAGGCUGACAUGUUCUCUGCCCGAGUACGACUUCCACUUCAACAUGCUGCGCAGCGUGUUUGUCACACCUGGCCUCAUGCCGCAGGACACGCUCUUCUACGGCAUCUUCGGCCUGGAGUGGAAAAACGUUAAGGCGUCUGCAGUGUGUCGGUUCUCUCUGUCUGAAGUCCAAGAGGCCUUUCAAGGACCCUACAUGGAAAACCAGGACUCUGGCUCUAAGUGGAAGGAGUACACUGGAAAGAUCCCUGACCCCCGACCUGGAACGUGUAUAACUAAAGCUCUGAGGGCCAGGGGCAUAAACGUCUCCACCUCCCUGCCCGAUGAUGUGCUGAACUUUGUCAGGAGGCAUCCUCUGAUGUCCCAGCAGGUCCAGCCUUCAGACAGACGCCCCCUUUUGUUCAGGCGGACCACAGACUACACACACAUGGCCGUACACUUGAUCCAAGGCUUAGAUGGACGAACAUACCAUGUAUUAUACAUGGGCACAGAUGAAGGCUGGUUACAUAAAGCUGUAGAAAUCGAGGGUCAGCUGCACAUUAUUGAGGAGCUUCAACUCUUUCAGGAACCCCAGCCUGUUGACAGCCUGCUGCUAUCUGCAAAACAGAUGAGCGUGUACGUGGGCUCUCCAUCAGGUGUGGUACAGCUUCCCCUCUCUAACUGUCGCAGAUACACCUCCUGCUACGACUGCAUCUUUGCCAGGGACCCUCACUGUGCCUGGAACGGAGCCCAGUGUGUGGACGUAAUGGCACAAGCAGACAGAUCCAUUUUAAUUCAAGACAUCCAGCAAGGCAGCAGAGGAUGUGAAAACACACAAGACGAUGUUGUGAUGCGGAGCCGCUCUGUGCGUGUGGGUGAUGACGUGCUGCUGCAGUGUGAGCUCAGCUCCAACCUGGCGACACCCCUCUGGACUCUGGAUGGCAGCAAGCUGCAGGGCUACGGCCUCAACUCCGGCUUCAGAACUGGCACAGAUGGCCUGCUGAUCAUCGAGGCCCGGCAGGACCAGAGUGGGCUGUACACCUGCUACGCUGUGGAGAACAACAUCCAAGUCGCCAUAGUUACCUACAAUGUCACCAUCCGCCUGGACCUGCCCCCUCCUCCACCCGUUGAGCCAACGGAAGACCCCUACAGUUUCUUUGCUACUCUGCCAGCACCCACUGAGCGUCCCUCCUCUGAGAGGCCCCUGCCACCGCCCCCGGCUCCUCUCCUUCCUCACUCAGAGCUGCUGUCCCCAAGGAAUAUGGAGGCCAUGUACUUGUCCCUCAUCACCAUCCUCGGAGGCCUGUGUGUGGUCCUCACUGUGGUCCUUGUCUAUGUGGGCUUCUGCCUACGAGUGGGCAACAGAGGGAAGUACUCAUUACGAGCUGCAGCUUCUGUCUACCCGAACAGUAAGAGACACAGCAGGAAUAGAAAACAGCACAGGAACUCCACCCACAUGGAGCUGAAGACCAUCUCAAGCCACUGUAAUGGCAACGGCAUUUGUAACGGAGGUUCAAAGCAGCAUAACGGCAACAUCCAGGAUGGAGGCUUCCUCCAGAUUGUCCCAGGUGAGGGUCACCCAUCACCCAAUAAGGAGCCUCCUCCCCCAGCCCCUCCUCUCCCACCAACCCCAUCGCGUCCCUCUACAGAGUGUGACUUCCCCAACGGGCUGUCGGCCACGCUGCCCAGCGUCCUAAGGAGGAUGAAUGGCAACAGCUACGUGCUGCUGCGGCAGAGCGAGUCUGAAAGCACGUCACCGCUCUGUUACUCCUUUGCCGAGGAGCUCAACAGGAUUUUAGAGAAGAGGAAACACACUCAGCUGCUGCCCAGGCCAGACGAGAGCUCUGUGUAGAGACGUGGCUCCCCCUGUGGUGGGAGAACUGCUGUGUUCUUACCUGGUGCUGAAGUGCCUGUCAUAUGACUCAUUAUUGUUGAGGACUAAAACAAUAAGAGUCUGAACUAAAUUCUUUGGAUUUCUUUUUCUUUUUUUACAAAUUCAUGAUGAGGCGUUCAUUCUUUUUGCAACUGUGAGCUGCUUGUCAACCUUAAUUCCCAAACACAUAACAAGUGAGAAUGAGAAAUGCCAGUGAAGGACAGAGCAUGACAUGGAAAGAAAGUGUAAUCUACCUCACCUCAAUACUGCCCAGGAGGACUUCUGCCGUCAGUCUGUAGUCUGAUCCGAGUAUCAGGGCUGAGAUCUCAGCUGCAGAGAGCUCCCUGAUCCACAAAGCACAAAGCAAAAGACACACAGACUCCACCGAGGAGCGGAGCCCCCUGGGAACAUAAAUACAUGUGAAGACUUCUGCUGUGUGGCGGCCGUAUUUGGCUCAAUCCAAACUGGAGGGCAGCUAGCCAAAGUUUGUUUGCACUGACAAGUGCGCAGAUGGCCUAUGCAUUUUUAAAACAUGACAUUCACACUUUAUAAAUAUUGAGGGAGAUGGACAUGGAGAGCGAAGGAAUUUGGUUUGCGAGGUUCUCACUUUUCAUACUGACUUAACCAGUUGCAAUAACCAACACAAAAUAAUAUUCAACUCAUGACGGCUCACUUUACACCAGCCAUCUUUAAGAAAUGGUGAACUAAUCAUUAUUUAAUAUUACUAACCAUAUAUUUGUUUUAGGAUUUCUGAAUUCAUUACCUUGUUUUAUAUGAAUCAUUAAUGACGCAUUUAAUUAUUAAUCAAUGACAAUAUUAAUAAUUCAAAUAGUCAUUUAAAUGUGGUGUUAAAAUAAUAAGAAAUUAAAUCAAUAACCCCUGACUUCCACAGUUAGUGAUUUGUUGGUAAUUACUUUAUAUGCAGGACAGGUAAAAUUUGAAUUAUUGUUAGAAUAUUUGUUAACACAAUAAAGCAUAACUCUGCUUGGAGCCCUGAUUUAUGGCUGCAGCUGAGGCUCACAAUCCAUCAUAAAUGGUUAAAAAUUGCCGCAUGGUGACGCCUUAUUAUAACAUUUCAUCUCAUGUCUGCAGUGCCUAAAAACAGGUAACAAGUGACAUCAUUAAACAUUUUAUGGGUCCAUAGUAUAUAUACAGUUUCAUAAGAAAUUAAAGAAUAAACAAGGAAAUAAUGUUGUGUAACCUUUACAUAAUGAAAGAAAUACUAAAUAAUGAUUAUUUCACCACAACCUGAAGAAUAUAUGACAGUAUUAUUUUAAUGCACUUUAGAUACCAGUUUUAAAGCGCUUUGGGAAAGGUAUUGGAUGCUAUAUUGACUCUGCAGCCUGUCAGGAACCAGCAGGCCAGAGGAGCUUUUCAUUGGCCGCCUCUCAGUAUGAAGAGCUGCAGCAGCGAAGGCCACAGCUUUGUCUGCUGGACCUCGUUUGACACUAGUGGAUUAGACGCAAAAACCCUGACUGUGUCUCAGCUGAGUCUCAAGCCACCGCUGAGUGACACCCUGCAUGAAACUGUAACGCAGGAUGACAGACUGUGGGGGCACAGCGUUCACCAAAAGCAUCCAAGGUCUGACGUGCACAGGUCAGUUUGAGUUUCUCUUAAUUCCAUUCCCAGGUUAUACCAUCUCUCCGCCAGCGUCAGAUGGCAGGACCCGCUGCAAAGGUGUUUUUUUAAUGAGCAGUGAAAUUAAAUUCAGCAUCAUUAGUGGACAGUGGAGCCAGAAGAGAAAGAGAAGCCGGAUAAGGGCUACAACACGAGAGUCUCUGCACCUACAGCUCAGCUUCCCCACAACUGGAAUGAAAAUUGUUGGCUGCACCGAGCGAUGUUUGUUCCACAGACAGCAGCUCUUUGUGUGCAGCCUCUGUUUGAUGCACACUUGUCAGACCAAACUCGACGUAUGAUGACCUUUUUCUCACACUUGCUGCAUGAAUUUUCGACACUGCUGUUUUUUUCCCCUUAAAGUCAAAGAAACAAGGAUUCAUUGUAAUAUUAAUGAAAAGUGCCAAGGUUGUUUAAAAAGAGCUUUGUGAGCCUAUUUUAUUGCAAAAUCAGAAAAAGAAAAGAUUUUAAAAAAAGAAGCAUAUUUAUUUUGUUAUUUUGUACAUUGUGUUUUGGAAGUUAUUGUUAAUAUUGCUGUUUCGGUGCCGCUUGGGACAAAGAGGAGCGUCACAAGUCGGCUGUGUUGCACAAAAUGUAAUAAAUAGAAGCAUGAUAGCCAAAAGCAUGCAGAGGCACCACAGAAUUUAAUCUUUAUAACCUACUAAUGGGAGGAAAAACACAACAAUUUACACGUUCACUCUAAGCUAUUAAUUAGGGAUCAUUCACUUUAUCUGUCACUGUAAUGUCCACACAUACGUUUUGAUCUCUAUUUGCAUGUUACACCAAGCUUGCGCACACAGCGAAUUCUUUUACUAAACUAACAAAGAACAAAGGGACAGUGGGUUCCUUCACAUUUCAGUCAUAAUGAGUUCAAAUAAAACUUUGUACUUCAACCUC